UAGUUAUAUAUUAUAAUAUAUAUUAUGUACUUUGACAGUCAAAUUGAAAAGAUGCAUAAGGUAGUCUUUUUAACAAUAAUUGCAUCAUUUUUUGGAUGUAAUGCUGACAAUUUCAAAAGCGUUGUCCGAGGCAAUUUUGACUUUACAGCACAUACAUACGAGGAACUCGUGAAAAUAUCAGGCAACAACAACAUUAUUGUUAGCGGAUUAUCUGCAGAAAUCGUAUUGUCUCUUCUUGCAAAUGGAGCCAAAGGAGAAACACAAAAACAAUUGUUGAACGGUUUGAGCUUACCCACUAACAUAGAAGAUGUAAAUAAAGCAUUUGCUGAAAUAACGUCUCAUCUAAAUACUAAUACACCAGAUUUAAAAUUGUUAUCAGCAAAUAAAAUUUAUCCACGUCAAGACUUCCCAGUUGAAAAAUCAUUCAAAGAUAUUGCUGUAAAUUUUUAUUCUGCAGACGUACAAAACCUAGACUUUAACGACCCGGACAAGGCCGCAAGAACUAUCAAUAGCUGGGUUGAACAAAAAACUAACAACAAAAUCCACAAUAUCAUUGACCCUGAAACACUUAAAGGUAGCAUAUUAUUAUUAGUUAAUGCUUUAUACUACACAGGAAAAUGGGAUCAUGAUUUCGAUAAAUUCGGUUCUGCUGAUAGAUUGUUCCACAGUUCAUCUACUGAAUCUAAAAAAAUACCCACCAUGUAUACUGAAUCAUUCGUCAAAUAUGCCUACAAUACCAAACUUAAAGCUAAAUUUUUGGAGCUUGGAUUCCAAGGGGGUAAUGUUAGUAUGACGUUUGUACUACCUGACGAAAUCAACGGAUUAGCAGCUGCUGAACAGAAUUUAAAAGAAUAUUUGGCUCCUCAACCAAUGGAACCUGAGCUUGUUGCCAUCACCCUACCCAAAUUCAAAAUCGAGACCAAAAUUAAUUUUAAGUCCAUCUUGCGGUCGCUCGGAAUUACACAAAUUUUCCAACCUAGUGCUGAUCUGUCCGGAAUUUCCAAGGGUCUACUUAUAGUUGGCUCUGUUUUACAAAAAGCAUUUAUUAAUGUUAAUGAAGAUGGCGUUGAAGCUGCCGCUGCUACAAUGGCAAGCGGAACGCUAAUAUCUGCACGUCCGAGGCCUCAAGAGACAUUCAAAGCUGAUCAUCCAUUCCUCUUUUACAUCUCUCAGAACAAUUUGCUGCUGUUUGUGGGAAGAUUUAUGCAAUAAUUUUUUUUAUUGUAGACAAAACCAAAUAAAACUUACAAUGAAGUAUAAUAGAAGUAUUACCAAAUUAAAAUUAAGUAUUUUUAGAAAGUUUAAAGGUAUUUAUGAGCUUAAAUGAUUGUGUUUCUGUAAUUUUUGUCAAAAUAAAGCAAUACGGAAAAAGUGA